AUGAAACUGUUAGUCAUCCUCACUGCACUGGCUGCACUGACUGUUGAUGCGGUAAGCAACAUUACGAAGGAGUGUAUUCAAGUUAAAUCGUCAUAGAAGGUUUAUAAAUCGAUCUCAACUGUAUUUAUCUGAUCUUUUCUUCAGGCUUUUUCACGAAAAUGGUCCAAAAGGAGAUGGCAACCUAAGCCCCAAAGCUCCAAGACUGGUGAGCGCACUGUCAGUGAAAAAUAUGCUUAUAAUUUUCUUAAUUUUUUAUAACAGAUAUUUAAUGAUCCUGUUUGACUUUGUGAUGUGAUGCUCAGAGCUGUGUCGGUCUGGAGAUGGGAGCAGCUACAGGGGAUUUGUGUCGGAGUCUGCUUAUGGCAGCAGGUGUCUCAGCUGGAACAGGUUUUACAACCGUUGGGGUGCUUCAGAAGGAGUCGGUGACCAUAAUUACUGCAGGUACGGUUUAACUUGUGACCCCUAAUUUAAAGUGUGGAGCAUUAAAAUCAAAAAACAAAUACACUCUCAAGGAACCUAUUUAAUGUCAUAUUAUGGUAUCUUAUAAUACCCUAUCAUAUUUUGUUGUAUCCUCAGUAUUGUUAAGGUUUUCUUAAGAUAAGUACCAGGACUUAAACUUUUUUAUAUCAGCUUCAAUCAAAUUACUAUACCAUAUCAUAUCAUAUAUCAUAUCAUAUUACAACAAAUUUCACUCAAUAUUUAAUGAUAAAUUGCAUUUAAUUGAAUCCAACAGCAUUAUAAUGUACACCGUGUAUUAAAGCAGCAAAUAGCGACAUAUCUUGUCCUAUCUUACGGCAUAAAGAUCUUUUAUAUUUGGGGCCUACACUGAUUGAUCCCCCCGUAUUAGUUUUCAUGUGUUUUAUGUGUUUGCGUUUCAAUUCCAGGAAUCCUGACCAGAGUUUGAUGCCCUGGUGCGCUGUCCGACGAGGAAACAAGAUUGCUAGAGAAUUCUGUGACAUUCCCAGAUGUAAGUCAGAGAUUGGGAGGGUUUUUUUAAUGUAGUAUAUAUUUUUUUUUGGUUUAGGUCAUCUUUUUAAUCCCCGUUUUCUGCUCCCAAACAGGUUCCUCAGUAUCAGCUAAACCUCCAGCAGCAGUGGAAGUGGACACAGGUUUGUUGUCUAAAGUCCCUCAUAUAUUUAUAUAUAUUUAACACGCUGUGGUGGUUUUUAGCAGCACUUGCUGACCUGUCCGUUGUGUCCCUGCAGAGGAAACCUGUGGUGAAAAGUCUGAGCGGAGGCUGUAUAAAAUCGUAGGUGGCUCUUUCACACCUAUAGACUCUCACCCAUGGGUGGCUGCUCUCUUUCAUCAGCGCAGUGGUUUCCUGUGUGGUGGCUCUCUCAUCGCACCGUGCUGGGUUGUCACGGCUGCACAUUGUUUUUCUGAUGGGUGAGAAAACACAUCACACUGUUAUUUCCUCCAUGGAAGUGUGACUCACUGGUGGAUGUUAUAUGUUUGCGCUCCAGAGUAGUUAUUAACCAUUUGUGUUUUUCAGUAAUCGAACCAACAUCAGGCGCCUGUCCGUUUACCUGGGGAAGUCAGCCAUCAAUGAAACCGAUAGUAACAAGGAGCAGAGAUUCACUGUGGAAAAACUGAUCCUCCACCAAAACUUCAAUGAGUCCACUUUUGACAAUGACAUAGGUGAGUUAAAUGAGAUUAGGUAAUGAAAUCAGCUUUAUUUGGAGUGCAGGAACUUCUACCUGGGAUUAAGGGCUUUAGGGGGAACCAAAACAUUUCCAACGAGGCAGUACUUUCUGAAUGUACAAUAAAGUGCUGAAGGUUGGCUCAGCAGAAUUAUUGUCCUUGUUUUCGUGAGAUUUUAAACCUUGGUGGAAAGAGGAACACAAGACAAAAGUUCUGGCUAAUUUCGGUGGAAACAAGGCCUUUGAGUGAGGAAGAAAAAUUGCGCAUUAGGCGAGCAUAAGGACUGUGUUUGUCUUUGCAUUUCAGCUCUGUUGAAGAUCAAAAGCAGGAACGGAGGAUGUGCAGUGAGGACCUCAUCAGCUCGGACUGUGUGCCUCCCUCCACUUCACACUCAACUACCUGCAGGAAUCCAGUGCAGCAUCGCAGGGUUUGGGAGGGAGAAAUUCUGUAUGUAUUGCAGAUACUCUAACCAACAGAUGGAGAUUUUUAAACAUUUCAGUCGUUCUUACACUCUGUAAUCUGUGUCCUGCAGUGGCUUGGCAUUACUCGCAGUACUUGAAACAGGCCGAGGUCAACCUGAUCUCUAGGAACGAAUGCAGAAGGAAGUCAUACUAUGGAGAUCUGAUCACGAAGAACAUGUUCUGUGCUGGGAGCCCUGACUGGAGCAUGGACGCCUGCAAUGUAAGAAAAGAGCUAAAAACGGUUGUCUCAGUGUGAGUGGGGGGUAACCUGUGGAAAAAGGCAGACAUUACUGGAUGGAUGGAGAAAGAAUGCACAACAAUCAUGAGAAAAAACAUGGUAGAACUUUAUAUGAACCCACCUCUUAUGAUUCAUCAUAAGCACAUUUAUGACCGCUUACAAAUGCAUCCAGUUUUGACAUCCACUUUGUUUGAUAGUUGUUUCACAAAAGUCUCAAAGUUUGGUCCAGCCCAGACUCCCACAGAUUUUUAAUAGUCUGCAGUUUCAAUUCCAGUUCCCAAAAUAUGUUUAGAUAUUUCUGGGUGUUCUUGGCAGAAAGAGGAAGUUCACAAAGUCAGAAACGUACAUGAGAAAAAACUUUAAGCUUCGUAGUUUCAUGGUGCAUAUGUGCAGAAAUAUACGUGCUAGAGAAGAAGUGGUAGUUGUUAUCUAACUUUCACGUUUUGCAACAUGUUUCAAGCUGUAAUUUGACUGUUUUCCCUGCAGGGGGACUCUGGUGGUCCGCUGGUGUGUGAGGCUGCAGGGCGGAUGUUUCUGUUCGGGGUGGUGAGCUGGGGGGACAACUGCGCCAAGGAGAACAAACCGGGUGUCUACACGCAGGUUUCCAACUAUAACAAGUGGAUCGCAGCAAAAACGGGUCUCAGUAAAUACACAGAAGGACUCAAGUUUCCUCAGAAAUGA